CCUUCUCCUCACGUCGCUCCGCAUAACGUUAUUCUUAUUCCCGUAUAUUUGCUACCUGUCUUCCGCAUUCGAUCUCUCUACCCUCUCCAUUCCAACUCUCUCUCUCUCUCGCAUAAAUCACAGGAAUAUCCAUCGAUCGAUUGAGCGGAAGACGAGCGGUCUACUCGCUAUCCGUGGCCAACAUGUUGCCCUCAGUAGCGCCGUUUCCGCCCGUUCAACCGCACCACCUGCACUAUCGUCAUGGAUCCGAUAGCUUGAAUGAUUCUUACGACCUGAAUGCCGCUUUCUCCGCCACCCUCCCACAUAACGACGCUAGCAAAAACUCCUUUCAAUCAGUGCCUCGGACACGAUUGCAAUAUCCUCAUCCGAUCCAGCGCUUGGGUCUUCCAGAUGCCGGGGGCCCAUCAACAAGUUCGAAAAGUGCGGGCGAGCAUGCGUUGCGGAGAAAGACACCAAACGGGACCCUGGCGGCGGGGUACGACGGAACGCCCGGAGAUACUACGAUUCAACCCCCAGCGAGUAAACAUAUUCUAGUUUCGCCUCUCGAGUCAGGGCAUUUAAUUCCCUCACAGGCUGGUUUCGCGUUGGACUCGUGGCAGCAGCAGCAGCAGCAGCCCGCUUUUGAUCGUGCUUCGUCCGGAAAGCAGCUCAACUUCCCGCCCGUAUACAAGAAUGAAGCGACGCGAGGAAACGCAUUGACUGGGGAGAUAGGUCAAGCAAUCAAUGGGGCAAGCUGGGUCCGUUCAUUAAAUUACGUGCCUGGCAUUGAUUCCGUGCUGAAUCAGACAUUGCCGAUGCAGCCCUCGCAACAGCGUUUCUACUGGCACAAUGGUGCCUAUAUCCCUACUGUCCUCCCCGCAACCUUGCAACCGUGUCUUGGUCCUACAGCUUCAGCAGGGACCGGUCCGUAUGGGCCAUACUGGCCUGACGGGGCUUACAUUCCUUACCGCCCCGCAGCAUUUCGGGACACCCGAUUUCAUUCCCUAAGUCCUUUCCCGAAGGCUGGGAAUUCUUCUGGUCUGCAGUUCAUCGAUGCUAUUCAGCCGCCCUUGAACCGGUCGGGAUUGCCAGCAGCCAGCCAUCCUGACUCGGGUAUAGCUUGGAACCAGAAUCCGACAGGGAUGCUCAAUGCUGAGUUACCGAUGCAGAAUAACUUUCCUCGACGCCACUCAGAACAAAAGGUUUUGGACACAUCUUCACACCAAUUGGUCCUACCGUUUCACACCCGUCAGCCGACAUCAAGCUCUAGUUUUUCACCUCGACCACCGCACGAUGCAUCAUCAUGGUCGAACUCUGCAGGUAACCAGGGAUUCCAGAACACGGAGUCCAUCGGCAGCUCCCGCGCAGCGAAUGCGGAAUUCAAGGAAAAGGUGUUGACGUGGGCUCACGGAGUUUACGUGGAUCUCCUCGCAUCUAUACACCAAGCCCGACGAAAUAGCAUAUCUAACUCUUCCACUGAGGGUCAGAGUCAACGUCUUCUGAAGCCGAGUAUAUACCCAAAACCUCCUCGUCAGCCAGGACUUGAUUUCUCAACCGCCGCGUCUAGUGCCCCCUCUCGUCAUAACAGUUUCCCCACCGUUCAAUUGGAUUACAAUGGUUCAAGAUCCAAUGCUGGUAACCACCUAGGACAACAUGACUCGAGUCGUCACCUCGAACGACCUACACUGGCUCAGUUCUCACAAACGGUGUCUGACGUUCAAAUGCUUGAUCGAAUACGUCACACAGGGCGAUUCUCUACCAGUACUUCUGCCUCGCGUCCUGGCGUGGCAUUUCUUGAUGAAGGGUCCACAACUGCUAAUGCCGUAUCUUCUCUGGAGAUGCUGUCUCAUCUCUGUAUGGAGAGUGGUUGGGAGUGGAUUGACGGCAUGCUUCUUGGGGGUUGUCUGGCUUAUGGUCUAGGUGAUUACAACAAGGCUACACGGUGGUAUUCGCGGAUAAUCGCCCGAGAUGCAACGCACGUGGAGGCGAUCUCCAAUCUUGCCGCAACACUUUUAGCACUUGAUCGCCGCGAUGAGGCACUGCAGCACUGGCUUCGCGCUGUAAAACUGCGUCCCAGCUACUUUGAAGCUGUGGAACAUUUGAUUGGGCUUUUGUGCAGCAGCCAGCGGGGCAAGGAGGCGGUCAACAUCAUCGAGUUUGUGCAGAAUUCUCUGCGUUCUUCUCCAAGUGGAGAAUGCUUCAAAGCGGAUGAACAUGCGAGUGAGACGGAAAGCGACGCCGAAAGCCGAGCUUCAAGCGCGUCAGAUUUGGGCUCUUACGAAAAAGCUACAUUUGAUUAUGAUGACGACUUUGGUCGAUCUGUAUCCAUAAUACCUGGUGCAGCGGAUGCCAGCACCGCAGGGUUUGGGUCAAGUGGAUAUGAUAUACCCGGCUGCGACAAUGGACGUAUAUUAGCUCUUGUCCACGCCAAAGGAAACAUGCUUUAUGCAUUGGGUGACAAUGUGGGAGCAGCGGCAGCAUUCGAGGAUGCGAUCCUAAUUGCCGCCGGACGCAAACGCCAUAGAAUUCAAAAUCUGAUCAAGCAGAUCUUUUCGGCCUUUAUGCAUGGUGGUAAUCGUGCGCAUUCGGCCGGAGAACUACAGGGGCCCCAGGAGAGUAUUCUUCUGUAUCCUGAACAGGCGCUUCAGACCUCGAAACUGGUAUUCGCUCCCUGCGGAACCCCCCCGGGCAUCAAAUUCGUGGCGGAAGGCCUGGCGAGGAAGGCCGCCAUAUCCACGACAAGCAACUCACUACUCUCACUCGCCAAGAUUUACCAGGAUGGCAUGGGCAACAUCUCGACCUCGGGGGUUCCGAAAGCUGCCCCGGGCGUCCGGGAUAUUCUCGCCCUCUAUUACCUUUCCCUGUCUCUUCAGCCUAGUCCUUCGACUGCGAACAAUGUGGGAAUCUUGUUGGCAGGAAUUCACCACAAAGUCCCUAAAAAGAGCCUCCCUCGCUCCAACGGUGAUCUGCAGCACCCCGAGAUUCCUGGUGUUGUUCCCGGGACAGGGAUAUCGUUAGCCUUGGCGUACUACAAUUACGGGCUGCACCUCGAUUCCCGCCAUGCCCACCUCUACACAAACCUCGGAAGUCUACUCAAGGAUAUAGGCCAGCUUCAAGCGGCAAUUCGGAUGUACGAACAGGCGGUUCAGUGCGACGGUAACUUUGAUAUCGCCCUGGCUAAUCUGGCCAACGCGGUCAAGGAUGCCGGACGCGUGAAUGAUGCCAUCGCCUACUACAAGCGGGCCGUCAAGGUGAACCCGGAAUUCGCCGAAGCAGUGUGUGGUCUCGCAAAUGCCCUCAACUCUGUCUGCAACUGGGUUGGUCGUGGUGGCGUAGGCAACGGCAUUGGUUUUCGAGAUCGCUGGCAUGUCGAUGAGCAAGGGAUGCUCCGGGAUGCGUAUAGCACUGACACCGGUGCAGGCUGGAUCAAACGGGUGGUUGAGAUUGUCGACCGCCAACUGAAAGAAGGGGAGUUUUGGGGCCAGGGCUUGCUGACCCCCCAUGCAGUUGAGCAAUUGUGCGCUCAAUUGAUUCCCGCGUUGAGAAUGCGCAAUCAGCCGGCAUCCAGUUCCCUGGCGGCUAUCCUUCAGUCCUGGGCUGGCCAGCGAUGGGAGGGAGCAAGGGUGGUACGACUGGUGGAGCGCGCCAUCCGGUCCAUCACUUGGCAAUGGUACCAGGAUCGCUACGUUCAACGCAAAGAAUACCCUUUAUCGAAAUAUCGGCGCCCGCAGUUGCCGUCGGGUCUGACGGCGCCAAAUGCGCCCACCGUGCUGCCUUUCCACACCUUCACCUGCCCGCUCUCAGCCAAGCAGAUCCGGCAGAUCUCGCAGCGGAACGGACUUCGCAUAUCUUGCUCGACCUUGCGCUCGCCUUGGCUUCCUGCCACGGUUUACCCACCGCCCCCACCCCCGAACCCUUAUCUGAAAGUCGGAUAUGUGUCGUCCGAUUUCAACAACCACCCUCUUGCGCAUCUGAUGCAGUCUGUUUUCGGUCUUCAUAAUCCGUCGCGUGUCAAGGCUUACUGCUAUGCGACCACAGCCAGUGAUAGGUCAAUUCAUCGACAGCAGAUCGAGAAAGAAGCCCCUGUGUUCUACGAUGCAAGUGGGUGGCCUGUGGACCAUCUUGUGAAGAAAAUUGUUGAAGAUGGUAUCCACAUUCUGAUUAAUCUCAACGGCUACACCCGCGGCGCCCGGAACGAAGUUUUUGCUGCCAGACCUGCCCCCAUUCACAUGUCCUUUAUGGGAUUUGCAGGAACACUGGGAGCUGAGUGGUGCGACUACAUCCUGGCAGAUGAAAUCUCAAUUCCCCCAGAGACAUUAGCGCCGGGUCGCCGCAAUGUGCGCAUCGAGGACCGACUACUGGAGGAAAAUCAUGGCGAGGAUCUUGAACAUUGGGUUUACGGGGAAAAGCUGGUCUAUACACGUGACACAUUUUUCUGCUGUGAUCACCGGCAGAGUGCACCCGACGCCCAGGAUCCACAAAUUGCUUGGGAACAGGAGCAGAGCCGAAGAUGGCGGAUGCGCAAGGAGUUGUUCCCCAACCUCAGCGAUGACACCAUCAUCCUUGGGAACUUCAAUCAGCUGUAUAAGAUUGAGCCUACAACUUUCCGUACCUGGCUGCGUAUCCUCGCUCACAUCCCGAACGCUGUCCUUUGGCUUCUCCGCUUUCCUGACCUUGGUGAACGCAACCUUAAGGAAACGGCCAUCGCCUGGGCGGGCGAGGAGACCGCCUCCCGAAUCAUUUUUACGGAUGUUGCCCCCAAGAACAUGCAUAUUGCCCGUGCUAGAGUUUUGGAUCUGUUCCUGGACACUCCUGAAUGCAACGCCCACACCACAGCUACGGACGUUCUCUGGAGCGGUACGCCGCUCCUGACCUUCCCUCGCUACAAAUACAAGAUGUGCUCUCGCAUGGCAAGCAGUAUACUCAGUAGCGCUCUGCCGGACACCGACGCCGGCCGCGCCGCUCGGGACGAAUUGAUUGCUACCUCGGACGAGGACUAUGAGGCGAAAGCCAUCCGCAUGUGUCUCAGCAUGAAUACUCGCCGGACCGCAUCUGCAGAGACAGCGCCUACGGGCCGACUCACCGAAAUACGGAAGAUGCUAUUCCAGGAACGCUGGAAAGGCCGACUUUUUGAUACGGCUCGAUGGGUGCGGGAUCUUGAGGACGCAUAUGACCGCGUCUGGCAGCGAUGGGUAGUCGGCGAGGAAGGCGAUAUUUGGUUAUGAUCCAUGCGCCUGUAUUUGCAACAUAAUAAACCAUGCAAUUCCUCUCUCUGAAUAUACCCCUUUGAGCGUUGUUUCAGUCCUUCUCCUGGUUGUUUUUGAGCUAUUGAUCUAUAUUUAUAUUGAUUUUGGAUUUUUGAUUUCUUAUUUCUGGUUACAUGAUACAUGUCUGGGUUUCGUCUU